GGGAAAGCCUCCCACUUCCGGUCCUCGGCGGAAGUGUGCCUGGUUGCCAUGGCGGCGAUGCCGGGCCUAGCGGGAGACGCGCGCUUCGGUGGACGGCCGGCGUGGAGUCGAGCAUUUCCCUGGGUCAGGAGCUGCUCUGCUCUGCUCUGGUUCUCUGCUUCCUGUCUUCAGGGCAACUUGGAAUUCCUGGGUUUGGAGCAGUUGUUCUUAAGAGAUCCUUUCCCCUUCGGAUGAGCGGUUCAGAUUUUGGGGAUGAGCGGCUUGAAGAGGCUCCAAAGAGCAGUGGCUGAUGAUGUUAUGUAUGCAUGCUGACAGCAGCAAGAAAACUCUAUGCCCAAAAAUGGAAGAACACUUUGAUUCCCACAAUGGACAAAUGGCUGCAAAAUUGGAUGGAGUUAGCAGAGAGGGCAAAAUUGAUUGCUUUGAUUAAAGGAAAAAAGAACACAAUUUCGUUUUUAUUUGGAAACCAUUUCUGGACUUUGUGCUUGAGGACUUUCCAGGCAGCCCUUUGCUGGAGACUAGGCGGAAAGCUCAGCCCAGCGCCCCAGUAGUGCCACACGAAGGGAGGAGUCUUCAGCCGGCAGGGCUUACUCCAGCCCACCAGCCAGGCAGCUGUCCGUCCGUCCGUCUGUCCGUCGACCGGUUUGUCCUGCGGUGCUCCGGGAGAACAGCUGGAGUGAAACGGCCCCCUUGAAAGCAGCCGACGGCUCCGAGGAAGUUUUUCUUUAUUGACAAAUCCAUUGGCUAAUUAAGUUGCUAGAGGCGAGGAGGAGAGCCCAUGCCUUGCGGGGAGAAGGAGAGCGAAAGAGCUCUGUCAAGGACUUUGCUCUGAAGCAGCUGCUGGGACGAAGGAAGGCUUGGAAUGUGCGGCCAGCUGCCGGCUCCGCUUGGGAGAAGAUGCAGCCGUGGGCUCCUUCUCUGGCAGGGGUGGCUCUGGGCCACUCUCAGGAGUGUAAGCUCUGCCCCCAGGCGCUGAAGUCCUCUUUUAGGGACGCCAGAGGAGGAGUGUUGUAAAGAGAUUGAGAUCGCCCUCAGAAUCGGAAGUCACCUCUCUCCACCGGGACACCUGGAACGAUUGGUCAAACGGGGCUGAGACCCAGGCUGAGUUUGGUGUUUGAAGGGCCGGGCCGAAGGAUAGAUGCUUUGCUCUUUUCCCCAGUGGGGGUCUUUUGAACAUGGAGGACAAGGGCUAGCAGCAGCCCUCCCUCCUUCAGCUGGAGCCCCUCACCCUGGGCAGCCCAAGGGCCUCCCGAGCCUCCCUUUAGAGCCGCUUCACAGAUCCUCCUUUUUGUGGCUACCCAUUUUCACAGGUCCUGCCUGGAUGAGGGAGGCAAGAAAGGGGCAGCUUUCCUUGUUAGGAUUGGCACCAGCUGCGGAGAGACUCCCUUGAGUGAUUAGAAACCAGCUUUCUCCCAAAUUUGUGAAGAUGCACUUUGACCGGCCUGGGUGUCGCUGUCUUCUUGCCAGGCUCUUCUGAAGAGUUGCCGUUGGUACUUGAGAGAGAGAGAGAGAGAGAGAGCUUUUCGGCCCCUCCACCCCUCCCCCUGCCUGCUCCCGUCCAUCAUUUCCAAAUGCUUUGAACCACGAGUUGCAGGUGAGCUUUUGCAUUUGGCCAGGCAUGGCAGACCACCUGGAGCUGCUGGCUGAGAUGUCAGCAGUUGCCCGGAUGGGCACCCAGGAGCGGCUCAAGCAUGCCCAGAAGCGCCGCACCCAGCAGCUGAAGAAGUGGGCGCAGUUUGAGAAGGACGUGCAGGGCAAGAAGGCUAAAGGGGAGAAGAGGAGACGGAGGGCCGCCAAGGAGAAGAAGGUGGCCUUUCCUGAAAACGUCCAGCUUUUGGAGGCUGCCAGCCGCAACGAUGUGGAGGAAGUUCACUUUCUCCUUAAGAACGGCAUCAGCCCCGACCUGAGCAACGAGGAUGGACUGACCGCAUUGCACCAGUGCUGCAUUGACGACUAUGGGGUGAUGGUGGAGCUGCUGCUGGAAGCCGGGGCCAAUGCGAACGCCUGCGACAGCGAACUCUGGACCCCCCUGCACGCGGCCGCCACCUGUGGGCACCUGCACUUGGUGGAGCUGCUCAUCCAGAGAGGUGCCAACCUGCUUGCCGUCAACUCGGAUGGAAACAUGCCGUACGAUCUCUGCGAGGAUGAACCCACGCUGGACUACCUGGAAGCGGCCAUGGCUGACCGAGAGAUCACUCAGGCCACCAUUGAGGAGGCUCGCUCAGCCCUGGAGGGCACCAUGGUGAAGGACAUCCACCGGCUGGUGAAGGAAGGAGUCAAUCUGGACACCCCUCUGGACCACAAGGCCACCCUGCUGCACAUCGCUUCAGCCAACGGCUACUUGGAAGCUGCGGAGCUCUUGAUAGAACAUCAGGCCAGCCUGAGCGCCAAGGACGAGGACGGCUGGCAGCCUCUUCAUGCUGCCGCUUGCUGGGGCCAGGUCCACUUGGUGGAGCUACUGGUGGCCCACGGAGCAGAUCUCAACGGGAAGUCGGUGUUGGAGGAGAGCCCGCUGGAUGUCUGUGCGAAUGAAGACGUGCGGGCCAAACUUCUGGAGCUGAAGCACAAGCAGGAUGCCAUCACGAAAUCCCAGGACAAGCAGAAGUCCCUGCUGCAGCGCCGGACGUCCAGUGCCGGCAGCCGAGGGAAAGUAGUGAGGCGGGUCAGCCUGACCCAGCGCACCCACCUCUACCGGAAGGAGCAUGCCAAGGAGGCCAUUGUGUGGCAACGGCGGCAGAGCGACGGAGAGCUGGAGGACGAGGACGGACAGGCCGACGGGCAGCUGCGAGUCCAGGACCCCGAAGUGGAAGCAGGAGGGCCAGAGGAGCGCAACGGCACGGCCCCCCCUCACCCCUUCUACCCCAAGCGGCCGGACCGCGCCUCUUCCUACCAGCUGGCUGCCCAGGAGGACCCGGCAUCCGGCCUCAGCAAGGAGAAGGCCCACCACACCUUAGCGGACCUCAAGCGCCAGCGGGCAGCGGCCAAACUGCAGCGGCCCCACACAGAAGAGCUCCCGCCCAGCACCGGCCAGGCCCCUCCGCCCCCCCAGGCAGAGCCCAACGCCGUGUACUUUACAGCAGCCAGCGGAGACCCUCCCCUCCUCAAGUUGACUGCUCCGGCUGAAGAGAGGCCGGCCCAGAAGAGGCGAUGCUGCCGGCUGAUGUGAGCAGUCCACUCCUCUCGGGCGGGCCGGUAUCCCUGGUGCUGGGUCUGGUCAAGAGGGUCAUGUGGCAGCCCCCAGCUGUCUGCACCCGGGGGGUGGAAUCCCGCCUGCCUUGCCGGAAGAGCCCGGCCCCUGGCGAAUCAGAACUGUCUAGGUGUGGAGAUCUCAGGGAGGGCUGAAUGCCCCACUCAAUGGAGUAGCAGAGUUGAAAGGGGCCUUGGAGGCCAACCCCCCGCUCAAGUGCUGCGGACAAAUGGCUCAGGGUGCAGCUUUGCUUGGCGUCUGGGCACCGAGGCCCAGCAGGGUGAUGAUGCCCAGGAGGCAUCGGCUGGGAGUGCCAGGCAGAGAUGCCCUUCUCUCUGACUGUGUUCCAGUUCACUUUCUUCGGCUGCAGGACGAGCUGAAAGGAGGCCAGCCCAGGUCUGCCCCGUGGCAACGGAGGACUGGCUUCCGUCAGUUCCAGCUGCAAAACCCCUGGGGAUCCUUGGAUGGCAGCAGCGAGCCAGUCGUCUUCCUUUCUUUGGCUCCCCUUUGGUGACUGAGUGCCUUUGGCAACCCAGAGUCGGUGGCCCUAAGCCCAGGGCUAUUGCCCUGGCAACUCCCCAGGCUCCUUCCGCAGCAGGCAAGGGCCAGCUGGAAGGCAGUGGGGAAGCCUUGGGGGAUCGGAGGGGGGAGGAGCUGGCAGGCCUUUGGGCAGCUUUCCCAGCCUUCAAAUGGCCUCUGAAUUGAUAUCAGGGUGAACUGAGCUUUGGGGAGAUGCUCACCUCUUUCCCUUUGUGCCCAAGGGCAGGGGUGUGUGUGUGUGUGUACGCGCAUGUGUGUGUGAGAGAGAGAAUGAAUAUCAUAGAAUCUUUUUUUUUUUUUUUUAUUCAAAAAG